AUGGUCGACAUCACCGAGCAGGACGCGUGGAUCGCGCAUCUCAGCGAGUGCAAGCAGCUCUCGGAAAACGACAUUAAGCGUCUGUGUGACAAGGCGCGCGAGAUCCUCCUCGGCGAAUCCAAUGUCCAGCCCGUUCGCUGCCCCGUCACCGUCUGUGGCGACAUCCACGGUCAAUUCCAUGACUUGUCAGAGCUCUUCCGUAUCGGUGGCAACUCGCCCGACACCAAUUACCUCUUCAUGGGUGACUACGUCGACCGUGGAUACUACUCGGUCGAGACGGUCACGCUGCUCGUCGCCCUCAAAGUGCGAUACCGUGACCGUGUCACCAUUCUGCGCGGCAACCACGAGUCUCGACAGAUUACUCAAGUUUACGGCUUCUACGACGAGUGCCUCAGAAAAUACGGCAACGCAAACGUAUGGAAAUACUUUACCGAUCUCUUUGACUACCUUCCAUUGACCGCUUUGAUUGACGACCAGAUCUUCUGUCUGCACGGCGGUCUUUCGCCCUCGAUCGACACGCUGGACCACAUCCGCUCCAUCGACCGUAUUCAAGAGGUACCGCACGAAGGUCCCAUGUGCGACUUGCUCUGGUCCGACCCCGACGACCGAUGUGGAUGGGGCAUCUCGCCACGAGGUGCAGGCUACACGUUCGGUCAAGACAUCUCCGAGGCGUUCAACCACAACAACGGCCUUACGCUCGUGGCGCGUGCGCAUCAGCUGGUCAUGGACGGCUUCAACUGGUCGCAAGAACGCAACGUGGUCACCAUCUUUUCAGCACCAAACUACUGCUACCGCUGCGGCAACCAGGCGGCCAUCAUGGAGAUUGAUGAGAACCUCAAGUAUACCUUUUUGCAGUUUGACCCCGCUCCGAGGGCGGGUGAGCCGUUGGUCUCGAGGAGAGUGCCAGACUACUUUUUGUAA